UUUUUUCUACAAACAUUUCUCAAUAUUCACGUUAUGUUCGAACAAUCACAACACAGUUCUUCUAUAACUCCUUCAUUGUCUGAUAAUAGCAUUUCUGGGAUGACUAAUACUUCAAUGUUAAAUUCACAAACAUUGGAAGAGUAUUGUUGGUAUUGGGGUGCAGCAACUAAAGAAGAAAUUAGUGCUGCGAUGGAAAAUCAACAAAAUGGUACCUUUGCUGUACGAGAUGCUUCAACAAAAGGGCAAUAUACUUUAACUUUGCGUAUUGAUGGAACCAACAAACUUAUCAAAAUUCUUGUAGAAAAUGGCAGAUGUGGAUUUACUCAAGAUUCUAUGGAUUUUGAUUCUAUGGCCAGUCUUGUUCAAUUUUAUCAAACUUGCUCUUUACGAGAUUUCAAUGAAAAACUUGAUACUUGUUUGCUCUAUCCACUUAAAUCGCCACAAUCAUUAACUUGUCAGAAUUCAUUGAAGUCAGAUUCAACGAUAGAUCCCUCUUAUCGUGUCAGUUUACUUAAAUGUACAUUUGAGGCUAUUCAUGCUGAAUAUGAUCGUGUUUCUAGACGUUAUGAUCAGUUAUUUAAUCAGCAAUUAGCGUUAAAUGAAGAGUACAAUCGGAAACAACGUACAGAAUCUGCCUACGCCGAUGCUUUGAAAAUAUUUGAACGGAAAAUUGCUGAAUUGAAAACGAUGGAAGAAAUUGGAAAAGCCCAAAAUUUAAUGAGGGCAGCAAUUCAAAAUAUAGGGCUUUCUCUUCAAAAAAUUAAUGAAGAACUUGGAAGAUUAAAACCUUUACUGCUUAAAUUACACAAAAAAUGUGAAAAAUAUCGAGAUAAACUUCUUGAAAUGUCCAAACAGAAAGUUACACACGCCCAACUGGAUAGAGUUGUCCAAAGUGUUUCUUUUGCGCUUGAUUCAGAAACUUCCACUUUGAGCACAUUUUUACUUAGAAUUUCAUUGCCAAUGUCUAGCUGGUGUUGUGAAUGUUGGUUAUGGCAUCAAGCAACUAAACAUUCCUGUUUAAUUGAGUAUCGUGAUCCUAGAACAACAAUUGACCAUUCUGGAGGUUAUGGCUUUGCACAAACACAAAUGCUUUUUGCUUCACUGAUGGAUUUUGUUCGAUAUUAUUCUGCUGUUCCAUUAAAAGAGCAUAAUUCUGUUUUAGACACUCCUCUUAUAACGCUCUGAGUCAAUUAAAACAAAGAAAAGAGAAGAACAAUUCUAAUACAUCUAAUACCGACCACCAACGUGAUAAAGCAAAAUUAAAAAGGAUUGAAGCAAUCGAUGACGCGACAGAGUUGAGUACGAGUAGAGAUGAUGAGAGGAGUAAUGAGAAAAUACUUGGCACUUUGUAAUUUUUACUGAAAUUUUUGUAUAAAUUGUAUAUAAUUUU